AUGUUUACGGUUCUAGGACGUCGGAUUAGUUUUAUAUCAUUUCUGUGUUUUAUUAACUUUAUUUCGUGCGCUGUUUCUAUACACCAGUAUGAAACGUCGGGAAAAGCAUUAUAUGUGGCAGGAGAACCAUUUCAGAGUUCUGGAAAAUUAACUAUAAUAAAUAAAUUUAAUGCAGAAGAACAUGGUACACGUAUCGAAAGGAAAAAACGCGAUGCGUCGACGAUCUUAACGACGCCGGCACCACAGAAAAACAUAAGUACAUGGACAACAAAACUUAACGAUGGUCAUCAGCAAUUGAUGGUGCAUUGGGUGGGUGAAGGAUCAAAAGUCAUAAUUUGCUUGGCAAGAGACUCUAGUCCUAGGGGCAAAGAAACGCUAUCACCAUCAGCUCUUUUCAUUUCUUAUGACUAUGGAAGAACUUUCGUUAAUAGAACUGAAAGCUUUAGGUUGGAUGAUACCCCUGACAGUGGAUAUGCUCAACUUGAUAAAUUCUUCAACCACCCAAAACAUCCGGAGUUUUGUGUGUUUGUGGAUUCAGCAAACAAACGUCUAUAUUAUACUGAUGACAAUGGCCAAAAUAUACACAGAUCAGAUCUUAGUUUUCAACCCAGUGAGCUGGCUUUUGAUGAGGAAAACCCCAAGAAAUUUGUUGUUUUGGACAAAAUUGGACCUAACAGAAUGCUCUACAUGACCUUCAAUGGAGGCAAGACAUUCACGCUUAUACAAAGCUAUGUGAAAACUUUUUUCUGGUCAUCAGGACCGGGAUUUUCGAAAGUUUUUUAUGUAGAGCGCUGGGAACCCAACGGUAGCAGUACAGUGCUUAGCGUCAAUGAUCCAGAGAAUAUGACAAAUGCAGAAGUACUGUUCUCAGAGGCGAGAGAAUUUCAGAUUAAAGGAGAUUAUAUGUUCGCCACGAAGAAAAAAGAUAACAACACACUUGAUCUUUACAUCUCGCACCAAAGAGGUCCGUUCUAUAAAGCUGAAUUUCAAACGGAGUUGGACAGAAGGAAGUUCCAUAUAGCUGAUGUGACAGACAAACGUAUUUUCAUUUCUGUUAUGCACACAGAGAAUCUAGCAAAUUUGUACGUGUCCGAAAUAAAUAGUAAUUUCACGCAGUACAACUUUGUGCUGAGCCUGGAACAGAUUCUGUGCUAUUUCCCACAAGGAAACUGGAAGGAUAGCUGGCUCGAGGACGUAACAGAGGACGCGUUUACGGAUUUGUACCGCGUAGAAGGCUUAAAGGGGAUUUACAUAGCGUCGAAAGUAAACUCUAAGUCGCUGGUUGCUAACAUCGAACCAGAGCAUUUGGUGUCGCUCAUCACCUUCGACCAUGGAGUCACGUGGUCUCCUAUCAAACCUCCAGCAGAGGACGACAAUGGAAAACCUCUGAGUUGCUUCGAUCCGAACGAUAGUGAAAAAUCUUGCAGUUUGCAUUUGUGCCAGAAGUUUAGCCAGCUCUAUCCGGUCACAAGCCCGCCUGGAAAUGUGUUAAGCAAUGCAAUGAGGUCAGCGAGUAUAAUGAGCUCUAAAUCUGCCCCUGGCAUUAUAAUGGCAACAGGUGUGGUUGGACGUUCAUUGAAAGGAAUCCCAGGUGUAUAUUUAAGUCGCGAUGCAGGUCUCACCUGGAAGCGAAUUCUUAAGGACUAUUACUUUUUCAAUUAUGGAGAUCACGGUGGGGUACUGGUUGCUGUGAAAUAUUUUAAACUACUCGGUGAAACAAGAGAGAUACUCUAUUCCACAAAUGAGGGGAUCGAAUGGAACUCUUAUCAAUUUAAUGAAGACGAUCUCCGCAUUUACGGACUAAUGACAGAGCCAGGGGAAAAUACAACAGUGUUUACAAUGUUCGGUUCGGCAAAUGAACAACAUCAAUGGAUAAUCAUAACUAUUGAUUUGCAAAACGCUUUCCCUCGCAAUUGCACGCCCGAUGAUUACAAAUUCUGGUCACCGUCUCCGCCCAACUCGUCUGUAUCAUGUGUAUUAGGCAAAAGGGACAUUUUCCAACGUCGUCUAGCCCACACAAAUUGCUACAAUGGCAUUGAUUAUGAUGGACCCAUUAAAAAAGAAGUGUGUGAGUGUAGUAGAAGAGAUUUUGAAUGCGACUUUGGAUUCGUUUUGUCGCGUAAUAUUUGCGAACGCAAUAAAACCUCCAAAUACGACCCUUAUGCUAUCCCAUCGAAUUGUCGUCCAGGUCAUUUCUAUAAACGUACUAAAGGCUAUAGAAAGAUUGAUGGAGAUGUAUGCACAACCUCUGGAUAUCUUCCCUACGUUCCAGAUAUGAUACCUUGUCCACUAGAAGAACCAACAGAAUUCCUCUUAGUUGCUUUAAGAGAUAAAAUAGCUCGCAUUGAUUUGUCCGACAAUUCGACCAUAUUCCCAAUAAAGGACCAACAAAACAUCGUUGCUAUUGAAUUCGACAUGAAAAAUAAUUGUAUUUACUGGGCCGAUAUUGAAGUGGAUAAAAUCAGUCGGCAGUGUUUUGACUUGGGAUUUACUCAGGAAGUUGUUGUUGAUACCGACCUAGCUAGUAUAGAAGGCAUGGCUCUGGAUUGGAUUUCAAAUGUUUUGUUCUUUGUCGACGGUAUGAGGAAAAAAAUUGAAGCCGUGAGGACUGAUUUGAACAGCGAGGGUAGAAUGCGAGUAACAAUUUUGGACUCUAAUGUUCUAUCAAAACCUAGGGGCAUAGCUGUUCACCCUAAGGCAGGCUAUUUGUUCUGGACUGACUGGGACAGAAAUAAUCCGUCCGUUUCCCGUUCGAAUCUUGAUGGAACAGAAAUUAAGCGGCUGUUCGGAAAACCAAUCGUGCAAUGGCCUAAUGGGAUAACGAUAGAUCAAAUGUCUGAAAGAAUAUACUGGGUGGAUGCUAUGGAGGAUUACAUUGCUAGUGCUAAUUUGAAUGGGCAGUACUUUAAGAAAAUCUUGUGGGACGAUGAGAAAGUCUCUCAUCCGUUUGCAGUUGCAGUGUUAAAGGACAAGAUGUACUGGGACGAUUGGAAGGCAAAAUCUAUUUUUAUAGCGGAUAAAGACAAUGGACAGGAUGUUAUCACAAUUAACGGUUCUUUCUCUGGCUUAAUGGGUCUGAAAGUAUUUGCACAUUUCAUUCAACACGGAAGCAAUGCGUGUUCUUAUAAAAACACCAGUUGUGAUGCUUUAUGUUUGGGUGGCCCUGGCAACACCUUCAGUUGUUUAUGCCCUGAUGGCUUUGUGAAAGACAAUGGAAAAUGUAUGUGUCCAAAUUUUGUAGAACCGUAUGCCAAUUUCACAUGUCCAAAGAAACCGGGCGCUACAUGCGCUUCUGAUCAGUUUUCGUGCAAAAACGAGAUGUGCAUAGCUUUAUCGUGGAGAUGCGACGGUAACGACGAUUGCGGCGAUGGCUCCGACGAAACAGAUUGCUCAUGUACGCCGCCGAGGGUAGCUUGCGACGGCGGCAGCUGUUACCUACCACAAUGGCGAUGCGAUGGCGAUAUCGAUUGUGCUGACAGGAGCGACGAGAAAGAUUGUGGCAAACAUAACUGCACUGAAAAUGAAUUCCAAUGCAAUAAUGGGAAUUGCAUCGAUAAAAGGUGGUUAUGUGACGGAGACAAUGAUUGCAAGGAUGGCUCUGAUGAAACGAAUGGUUUUUCAUGUGGCAAUGAUAAUAACGGGCUGUGCAUUCCUAAUUCUUGGGUCUGCGACGGCGAAGUCGAUUGUCCUGGUGGGGAGGAUGAGAAGGCCGAACGAUGUAAGAACUCCACCUGUGCGCCAUACAUGUUCAGAUGUCCCAAUGGAAAAUGCAUACAUAAGGCUUGGGUAUGCGACGGAGAACAUGACUGCAGCGACGUAGAAGCAUCAGACGAAAAGAAUUGUACCUACAUCGGCCACUCUAAACUUAUUCCUCGUCCGACAACUGAGAAGCCGUUCGAAUUCCCGACCAACAGUUCGUGUUUAGACUGGAUGAUGAAAUGUGACAAUGGAAACUGUAUGCCGUAUUGGUGGCGUUGUGACGGCAUUAACGACUGCGGAGACAAUUCCGACGAGAUCGCUUGUGGCGUGAAUUUCGUCGAACCUAAAUCCGGAAAUCGACACGACAGUGUGAGACAGAAAUGUGGGAAGAAUAGAUUCACAUGUGCUCCUG